GCUGGAGUCCGGGAAGCCGCCUGCUGAGAACGGCAGUGACUGCCUGCCCCUCCGGCUCUGACACCCUCCCCGGUGCAGAGCCCUGGCCGUCGCCGGGCUGCAGCCUUGCAAUCUGUUGAUCACUCCGCUCACGAGCUCCAGCGCUGCCCCUGGGGCGGAAAACUGCUCCUGGACCCGGGAACUCACCGCCUCUCGCCAACAGGAAGCGCAGGACCGCUGCCACUCCUGCUGUUUUUGCCAAAAUAGAUGGGGGCGGCCUCUCCACCCUCACCCGCCCCAUCACGGUCGCCCAGGGCUCUACCCCGUGGCCGCUGCCUGGGACCUUGACCUUCUGGACGGCCAUGGAGGCUGGCGGGGAGAACGGUGCGACGUAAUCAGCUGUGCUGUUGGCACCACCUCCAUCCCCUGCUCACACUUCAGUAACUUCGCUGUGCUCAUGGAUUUGAGGACUGUCCUGUCCCUGCCCCAGUCCCCAGGGGAGUUCCUGCACCCCGUGGUGUAUGCCUGCACUGCCGUCAUGCUGCUGUGUCUGCUGGCCUCCGCCAUCACCUACGUCGUGCACCAGAGCGCCAUCCGGAUCAGCCGGAAAGGCCGGCACAUGCUCCUGAACUUCUGCUUCCACGCGGCCCUGACCUUCUCCGUGUUUGCUGGUGGCAUCAACCGCACCAAGUACCCGAUCCUGUGCCAGGCGGUGGGCAUCGUGCUGCAUUACUCCACACUCUCCACCAUGCUGUGGAUCGGAGUGGCCGCCAGGAACAUCUACAAGCAGGUGACCAAGAAGGCCCCGCUGUGCCCGGGGGCAGACCAGCCACCGCACCCCAAGCAGCCCCUGCUCAGGUUCUACCUCAUCAGCGGAGGGGCCCCUUUCAUCAUCUGCGGCAUCACUGCCGCCACGAACAUCGGGAACUACGGGAUGGAGGACGAGGACUCCGCGUACUGCUGGAUGGCCUGGGAGCCCAGCCUGGGCGCCUUCUACGGGCCAGCCACCUUCAUCUCCCUGGUCACCUGUGUGUACUUCCUCGGCACCUACGUCCAGCUGCGGCGCCACCCAGAGCGCAGGUAUGAGCUCAGGGAGCGGGCGGAGGAGCGGCAGCGGCUGGCAGGGCCAGAGGCCGGCCAGAGCCCCGGGGCCCCGCUGGCCACGCCGCCCGCCCACGAUGCCCUGGUCACCUCGCUGCUGCAGAACGAGCACUCGUUCAAGGCCCAGCUGCGGGCCGCCGCCUUCACGCUGUUCCUGUUCGUGGCCACGUGGACCUUUGGGGCGCUGGCCGUGUCCCAGGGCCACUUCCUGGACAUGAUCUUCAGUUGCCUGUACGGCGCCUUCUGUGUGACCCUGGGGCUCUUCGUGCUCAUCCACCACUGUGCCAAGCGGGAAGACGUAUGGCACUGCUGGUGGGCCUGCCGCCCCUCCCGUGGGGACCCCCACGCUGCGAAGCUCGGCGCCCGCCCCACGCUCGACGCCAACGGGGAUGUGCUGAGCCACGCAGCCUGCCUGCAGGACUCACCGCGUCCAGGCAAGACGCUGGGCUUCGGCCACCCGCCAGCCGGCCACUGCAAGUUGACCAACCUGCAGGCCACCCAAAGCCACGUCAGCUGCCUGUCACCAGCCACACCCUGCUGUGCCAAGAUGCAGUGCGAGCAGUUGAUGGAGGACGCAGCCCACAUCCACGCGCACGAGGAGGAUGCCUUCGGGCACGACCCGCACCUGCACAGGUGCGUCCAGGGCAGCACUAAGCCCCACUACUUCAGCCAGCACCGGGCAGCCACGGCCGAGCAGGAGUACGCCUACCACAUCCCGUCCAGCCUGGACGGCAGCCCCCAUAGCUCGCACACGGACAGCCCCCCCAGCUCGCUCGAGGGCCCAAUGGGGCCACACUCACUGGCCUGCUGUGCCCAGGGUGACCCCUUCCCCUUGGUCAGCCAGCCCGAGGGUGGCGACACCAGCCCCGUGCUCUAUGGUUGUCCCCCACGGCCCGGCAGGGAGGCAGCCCAUGGUCCGGCCCACUUGGAGAUGCUCCGGAGGACACAGUCCCUGCCCUUUGGCGGCCCCGGCCAGAACGGGCUGGUCAAUGGUGAUGCACGGGACGCUGCGCCCUUUGGCUCUGACAGCACGGGUAACAUCCGCACGGGGCCCUGGAGGAACGAGACGACCGUGUAGCA